UGUUUUGGUCCGACAGUGUUAGUCCGCCGGGUUUCAGGCAACAUGGCGGUGCCUGCCGGGAGGUCUGUGGUCUUCGUGACUGGAAACGCAAAGAAACUCGAAGAGGUCAUUCAGAUCCUGGGAGACAGGUUUCCAUACAAACUAGUGUCCAAAAAGAUUGACUUGCCCGAAUACCAAGGGGAGCCGGAUGAGAUUUCCAUACAGAAGUGUAAGGAGGCUGCACAGCAGAUUGACGGGCCGGUCAUAGUGGAGGACACCUGUCUGUGCUUCAAGGCUCUGGGAGGCCUGCCCGGUCCUUACAUAAAGUGGUUCCUGGAUAAACUCCAGCCAGAAGGCUUGUACAAACUCCUCGCUGGGUUUGAGGAUAAAUCGGCAUGGGCUCUCUGCACCUUUGCUUUCUCUGCUGGGAAAGAUGAACCAGUGCAGCUGUUCAGAGGGAAGACGGAGGGACAUAUUGUGGAACCCAGGGGACCUCGAGACUUUGGGUGGGAUCCCUGUUUCCAGCCAGAGGAAUAUGACAAAACCUACGCUGAACUCCCCAAAGAGGUGAAGAACACCAUCUCUCACCGCUACCGGGCGCUCGCUGCCAUGUCCGAGCACUUCUCUCAAAACAACAACACCUCACCGCAGGAGAAGAAGAAGCAGGAGGACUGAAGAGUCAUGUCAGCUUCCGAAUCUGAAGCCAAAUGCAUCAAACCUUUUCAAAUGUGUCGCUGCGGAGGAUUAAGAAGACAGAUAUGCGAUCGCAAUUACUACUUCUAUAUAUGUGGUUGUUCUUAUUUUUAAUAAACCUAUAUUUAAAUAAACUCCUUGUGUAACUGACUCCAAGUGGAAGAAAAAAAAGUAUGUUAAUGAGUAAAUAGACAAUGAAUAAGGAGAGGAAGUGAAUAAAAGAGUAUGCAACAGUAAUAAACAUUUUCUAGUGAGUGGUGGAUUUAUCUGCCUUUUCUUG